AUGUCUCGUAUACCCUUACCUGUAUCGCAUCCCCCGCCACGUGCAUUUUCUCCCGUUCCUGAUCAGCAACCCUCUCGUUCAAUGUCUACUCUCUCCAACUCUCUGUCUUUUCCGUCCCCAGUCUCGGAAACGCGCAAGAAGCAAUCCAAGAGAGACGAAGCCAUCCGCAAAAAAAUUGAGUCUGAGCUCUCCCGAAAACGGACGAUUUCGACAACAAACAGCAUGCGGAGCGGCAAACGGGGCAGAAUUACGGCUGCAAAAGGAACGGUGGCAGCCCUUAGGCCUAGCCCAGCCCUUACGGUGCCGGAAAACAUUACCGUGUCAGAAGCCAGUCAGCUAUGUGCUGCCAAACGCACUGACUGUGUCUUGGUGGUCGACGACGAGGAGGGACUGAGUGGAAUUUUCACUGCCAAGGACAUGGCUUAUCGGGUCAGUGCUGAAGGACUGGAUCCACAUACUACACAAGUACACCAAAUCAUGACCAGAAACCCAAUGGUCACCCGGGACUCGACAAGCGCAACAGAAGCGCUCCAAUUGAUGGUGUCGAAACACUUUAGGCAUCUGCCUGUGUGCAACGAAGAAGGGAAUGUUGUCGGCUUGUUGGAUAUCACGAAGGUCUUCCAUGAAGCGUUGGCCAAAGUGGAGAGGAGUUCGGCUGCGUCCGAGCAAUUAUUUGCGGCCAUGGCCGGGGUCCAAUCUGAGCUUGGCGCCGCUGGAGGCAAUCCCCAAGCGACAGCCAUGCUUGCUUGGGCUGAACGUUUGCGCGAAAAGACUGCUCUUCCAGACCUUACUACUGUCAUGGAUGUUCGUUCCCAUCCGGCAACCGUCGGGCCCAAGACGACAGUAAGGGAAGCGGCACGUUUGAUGAAAGAGCGACGCACUACUGCGGUUUGUGUUAUGGAGAACCUGACCGCCCCCAAUGGUGGUCCACCGACAGAAAAGAUUGCGGGAAUUUUUACCAGCAAAGACGUGGUUCUUCGCGUUAUUGCUGCUGGUCUCGAUGCUGGAAGAUGCAGUGUUGUGCGAGUUAUGACUCCCCAUCCUGACACCGCGCCGCCUUCCAUGACCAUUCACGACGCACUCAAGAAAAUGCAUAAUGGGCAUUACCUCAAUCUCCCCGUCGUCGAAGAUGAUGGCCAUUUGCUUGCUAUUAUUGAUGUUUUAACGCUUACAUAUGCCACCUUGGAACAGAUGAACGCCAUGACUUCGGGAGACGCUACUUCCAGUGGUGAAGGAGAAGGCGGUCCAAUGUGGGGACGAUUCUUCGAUUCUAUUGGCCACGAUGAUAACGACUCGUACCUUUCUGGCUCUCGUGCGACUCCAGAAAUUCAUUCAAUCGCUUCAUUACAACACCUGCACCCCCCUCAAUCUCCUCACUCAGAGGUUCACCCCAACGACUCUGCUUCAGUUGUCGACGAUGAACCCUCGGCUGUAGGUGGCCGUCAUCCGACUGGUGCUCCCUCAAUCACAGGAUUCCCACCCAUCGAUGAUGGGACUUAUGUCUUCAAAUUUCGGACUCCCAGUGGACGUACACAUCGUUUCCAAGCCCGCCAUGACAAUGUCGAGCAUUUACGCGAAAUUGUUGCUGGCAAGCUUGCGACUGACCCCUUUUUCACCGACUUCAAAUCAACUUCGGAUCCUACUGUUAUUCCUGACCCCAUCGACUUCCAUCUCUCUUAUACCGACGCAGAUGGAGACAGCGUUUUCAUCACUGCUGACCACGAUGUCAUUGACGCAGUCAAGAUUGCCAGGAACUCUGGGGCUGAUCGCGUUGUUCUAGUAAUUCAUGGCGGAAAAGGAUGGGGAGCCGGCGAAAAGGAGACUGUUAUUGAACCAGAGACUCCACCGCCUGUCGUCGAAGCGGAGACAGUCCAGAAUACUCUCCUGGAAAGCAAAGCAGUUCCAAAUCAACAAAUCCCAGACGACAUCAUGGGAAUUCCAAAGGACCUGUUAUUGCCUGCCAGUAUCGUUACCCUCGCCGUCGCUAUCAUCGGAGUGUUCGCAAUAUUGCCCUCCAGUCUCACCAAGAAGUCUCCCGGAGCCUUUCUACAUGUCCAGUGUGCAACACAAAGUGUAGUGCAGGUGCCGUCCUUGAUUACCAACCAAGGGACCCACUUGACGAUUGCCACCAGUCCACGUGCCCCCGCCUUCAACUACACAAGCGCUACCUUCGCGUCCAUCGACGCCUCUGCCAAAUGGUUCAGCAAGCACAGGCACCAGCACUCCCACCAAAGAUGGGAAUACAUACCUCGAAUGUCUUGUCUGUUCCCGCCAAGUUCGUGCGAUCUCAACCCAGUCAGCUAUGUUCCAAACCGAGUACAGGUCGCGUCAAGUCGCUAUGCUUCCCACCUCAGCUCCUGCCUCGGUCUCGGCACAACUCGUAGAGCCGCCGCGAGAGGGAGCACGAUGAAAUCCAAGCCAUCUUCCGAUGCGGGAGGUCGCUCAACAUCUCCUGAAGAUGAUGUUUCCGACGAUGGGAAAAGCAAAGGCAAAUCCAAAACGAAACCUCUCGCAGAUGGAGACUUCAACCUCAAGCGGAAACGGGAUUCAACACAAUCGACCCCAAACAAGAAACAGAAGAAUAGCAGUGUUACUGGCUCACCGGCACUGAGCAAUGUAGGCAUUGACCUCUCCAUCGAAAGUGCCUUCAAAGCUCCGCGACUCUUCAAUCGCUUCCCUCGUGGCUGGCUCGCAGACACCAUCCUCUCGGGGUUUUUCUUCACCACCACCUGACAGUCCCGGAGCUUCCUCUUCCUAUUCCGCUCUCAGUGCCAACGGUAGUCCAAUCAAAAACGGACGGCGUGACAUUCUCCCAGCCAAACAACCAUCUCCGCCACGACAAGUGGUUAACGAUUAUAUGCUUGGUAGGCUUCUUGGUCUCUACAAGCUCCUUUCUCUGAUGCGUUGGUGGUCGUCGCAGAUGACAGCGGAGACGAAACAGGAUCGUCAACGGACACAGACAGUUGA